GGCGGGCGGUGCGCGACUCUUUUUUUUUUUUAUUGUUCUGGUAAGGAAGCUUUUCUCCGCGGUUGGCCCACGUUCGUAUCGAUGGCUGCUGCCCAGAAACCACGUCUCACCUGAGAGAGGGAGUCGGUUCGGCUCGGGACCAGAACAAGUUCGCGCGUGUUUGGGAUUUAUCUGAGGAAAAGGGAAACAAAAAAAGCUUCCUCCGAGGGGACAGCUUGUGGAUCCUGGAGGAAGACACAAGGGGCAGACGGAAACAACGGUCAAAAUGUCAGAUUCAGCCGUGAAGCAGUCCACAGCCGGACAGAGGCUGGGUGCCCCUGAAAGCUUUGGAGUGUCCACCCUGGAGCCGGGUCUGCACCCUCCCACCCAGCCUCCGGGGCGCCAAGUCUCCAUAAGGGUCCAGAUGCUCGAUGACACACAGGAAGUCUUUCAGAUAUCGCAACGCUCAUCAGGUAAAGUGCUGUUUGACCUGGUUUGUGUCCAUCUCAACCUGACCGAAGGGGACUAUUUUGGACUCGAGUAUCAAGACCAACGGAAAAUGACUGUGUGGUUGGAYCUCCUGAAGCCGACGCUGAAGCAGAUCAGACGGCCUAAAAACACCAUCCUUCGUUUUGUGGUGAAGUUCUUCCCUCCUGACCACACRCAGCUCAUGGAGGAGCUGACUCAGUAUCUGUUUGCCCUGCAGAUUAAGCGCGACCUGGCCUGCGGUCGUCUCAUCUGCAACGACACCAGCGCCGCUCUCAUGGUUUCCCACAUCAUUCAGUCUGAGAUCGGGGACUUUGAGGAGACGCAGAGCUGGCAGCAUCUCCUGCAUAACAAGUACCUGCCAGACCAAGAUGCCAUCCGAGACAAGAUCAUCGACUGCCACCGCAAGCACGUCGGGCAGACUCCAGCAGAGUCGGACUAUCAGCUGCUGGAAAUCGCUCGGCGGCUGGAGAUGUACGGCGUCCGCCUGCACCCCGCCAAGGACCGAGAGGGCACUAAGCUCAGCCUGGCUGUGGCUCACACCGGGGUCCUGGUUUUUCAGGGCUACACCAAAAUAAACGCCUUCAACUGGGCCAAGAUUCGCAAGCUGAGCUUCAAACGUAAAAGGUUCCUGAUCAAGCUGAGGUCCGAUCCCUCUCAGAACUCUCAUCACGACACGCUGGAGUUCGCCAUGGCCAGCAGGGACUGCUGCAAGGUCUUCUGGAAGAUCUGUGUGGAGUACCACGCCUUCUUCCGGCUCUUUGAGGAGCCCAAGCCCAAACCCAAACCCAUCCUGUUCACCAGGGGGUCCUCGUUCCGGUUUAGCGGUCGAACCCAGAAGCAGAUAAUUGACCACAUGAAGGACUCUGAGCUCAAGAGGGUUCCUUUCGAGAGGAAGCACAGUAAGAUUCUGUCCAACAGCGGCACGUCACCUCAGUCCUCUUCCUUCAGAUCACAAGUGCCRAAAGAGAGUGCCUCGUUGGUGCCGUUAGCAGACCAGCCCGACUCUGUCAGACUGGGCCAGGAGGUCAAAUCGAACGGUUCGGAGGAGCCGCUGGCCACCGCUCCCCCAGUCAACGGUUUUCACGACGGUGCUCUCGGCUCAGACCCGACCCGGUGGAACCACGGUGGAACGGGAUCGGCGCCGGGCCAGCAGCAGCUCCUGAACCCAGAAGUUCCCGGUUCAGAGGACUCUCGGCAGGCGAGUCCCCAAGUGGUUGUUAACAGUUCCGUAAAUGGUCAGGAGCCCGGGGCCGUCCUGGGUCAGGUUCCAGAGGGACAGCAGCUUACACCGCUCACCAGUCCACUGCUCACCGAGGCUGGGUACAUCCGCAACGACGAAGAGGAAGAGGCGAGAAGGAAGAAGUUCCCCACAGACAAGGCCUACUUUAUAGCCAAAGAACUGCUGACCACAGAGCGGACCUACCUCAACGACUUAAAAGUUAUCACAGAGUCCUUCCAGAAAACCGCAGAGAAAGAAGAAGCGUUUCCAGACUCUGUCAGGAACCGUAUAUCCAGCCACUAUGAUCCGAUCUACAAAUUUCAUCAGGGAUUCCUCAAAGAGACGGAGCAACGGCUGGCGCAGUGGGAGGGUCGAUCUAACGCCCACAUCAAAGGAGAUUAUCAGAGAAUUGGUGACAUUUUAUUGAAGAACAUUCAGGGUCUGAGGCAGCUGACCCUUCAUCUCCAGAAGCAUUCAGAGUGUUUGGUGGAACUGGAGCGGGCUUGUAGGACGAGUCGGAAGGUGGAAACUCUUUGCAGGGACUUUGAGCAGCAGAAGGUUUGCUACCUGCCUCUCUACAUCUUCCUCCUCAGGCCUCUCCACCGCCUGCUGCACUACAAGCUCAUCCUGGAGAGGCUCUGCAAGCAUUACCCGCCCACCCACGACGACUUCAGGGACUGCCGAGCGGCCCUGGCGGAGAUCUCCGAGAUGGUGCUGCAGCUCCAGGGCAUCAUGAUGAAGAUGGAAAACUUCCAGAAGCUUCUCGAGCUGAAGAAGGACCUGACCGGCAUCGAAAACCUCGUUAUCCCCGGAAGGGAGUUUAUCAGGCUGGGUUGCCUCAGCAAACUCUCGGGGAAGGGCCUCCAGCAGAGGAUGUUCUUCCUGUUUAGUGAUUGUUUGUUGUACACCAGUCGAGGGAUGACUCCGUCCAACCAGUUUAAGGUCCACGGUCAGCUGCCUCUCUACGAAAUGACGAUCAGAGAAAGUGAGGAGGAGUGGGGCGUUCCUCAUUCCUUUACCUUACAUGGACAGCGCCAGUCUGUAGUGGUAGCUGCCAGCUGUGAGUCAGAGAUGGAGCGAUGGGUGGAGGACAUCAGGAUGGCCAUCGAUUUGGCAGAACAGAGCAGCGUCCUGGACACUGGCCUGCUGUCCACCAGUCCAGCCGACAACA